AUGGUGAGUUUCGGUUCUAGGGGAACCACCGCGGACCUUUCUUUGAAGUUCUACGUCAUUGCUCUGGCCUUUGUCGGCCUUGUUGCCGCCGAUGUCAGUCACCUGAAGUUGGGCCAGUCCGUCGAUGGAGGCUAUGGACUUUCAGCGUCCUCCUCCUCAUCCUUAUCCAGCUCAUAUCUGCCCCCUGAACACACUUCCGCACACCUAAAGACUGCUGAGGUGGUUCCUGGCGGUGAUUCCAGCUCUUAUCAGCCCGCUGAAUAUACUCCCGCACACCUAAGGACUGCUGAGGUGGUUCCUGGUGGUGAUUCCAGCUCUUACCAGCCCGCUGAAUACACUCCCGCACACCUCAAGACUGCUGAGGUGGUUCCUGGUGGUGAUUCCAGCUCUUACCAGCCAGCUGAAUAUACUCCCGAGCACUUGAAGACUGCUGAGGUGGUUCCUGGUGGUGAUUCCAGCUCCUACCAGCCCGCUGAAUAUACUCCUGAGCAUCUUAAGACAGCUGAGGUGGUUCCUGGUGGUGAUUCCAGCUCUUAUCAGCCCGCUGAAUAUACUCCCGCACACCUAAGGACUGCUGAGGUGGUUCCUGGUGGUGAUUCCAGCUCUUACCAGCCCGCUGAAUACACUCCCGCACACCUCAAGACUGCUGAAGUGAUUCCUGGUGGUGAUUCCAGCUCCUACCAGCCCGCUGAAUAUACUCCUGCACACCUUAAGACCUCUGUUCCAGCGCCUAUUGGUGCCCAUACUCAUGCUCCUGUUCCUGCUGCCAUCGGAGCUGAUACCUACACCCCUGAGAAGUUCAUUCCUCAGGCUGACCGAGAGGCUCACUACAAGUACAUCCAAGAGCAGCAGCAGCAAACCGUUGUUCCUGGUGGAGAUUCUAGUUCCUACCAGCCUGCUGAAUAUACCCCAGCUCACCUGAAGAAGGCGUCUUUUGCUGCUGUGGCCACUGAGGUCAUCCCUGGUGGUGAUUCUAGCUCCUACCAACCCGCUGAAUAUACCCCAGCUCACCUGAAGACUUCUGUUCCCGCUCCUAUUGGUGCUGACACUUACACCCCAGAGCAGUUUAUUCCCCAAGCUGAUCGUGAAGCUCACUAUAGGUAUAUUCAGCAGGAGCAAACUGUUGUGCCUGGAGGUGAUUCCAGCUCUUAUCAGCCCGCUGAAUACACUCCCCAGAAUCUGAAGACCUCCACUGUGGUGCAAACCACCUACGUUCAGAGCCAGGCAAAGGCCAUUGUGCCCACAAUCAACCAGGUUCACUCCUAUGUCCAGGGACACGCUGCGAUCAGCAACCAAUUGCAGGCUCCCAUCGCUGCUGUUGCCAGCCGUGUGUACGAGGAACCCUCCUCGAAUGGCAUCGAGGAGUUCAAUCCGGAGACCCAUGUGCCAGUGGUCAUUGGAGCGGACACCAUUACACCAGCCCACCUGAGGACCGGUGGUCAAGGAACCCAGUAUGCCGCCAAUGGUGGUUAUGUCUACUAA